CGCCACCGUACGACCGCAACAACCUCCGCCUUCCCCUGCCUGCCGGCGAGCGACCGAUCCGCCGGACCAUGGCCGCGGCCGCGCUCGCCGGCGACGUCGCCUACUGGCUGGCGGAGCACCCGGCCAUCGUGCGGUUCCGGUGGAGCCCCUCGGGCCUCUGGUUCUCCACCUGGGCCUUCCUCCUCGGCUUCCUCGCCGCCUACGUCUCCCUCUCCCUCGCCGCCGACGCGCUCCUCCGCCGCCGGAAGCCGGUCCCGCUGGGCCCCCUCCCGGCCGCGCACGCGCUCCUGAUGGCCGCCGUCUCGGCGGCCAUCUUCGCCGGCACUCUGCUGUCGGCGGUGGCGGAGAUACGGGACACGCGCUGGUCGUGGCGGGGCCGGAGCCGGACGACGCCGCUCCGGUGGCUCCUCUGCUUCCCGCCGGGGACCCGGUCGUCCGGCCGCGUCUUCUUCUGGUCCUACGCCUACUACCUGUCCCGGUACCUCCACGCGGCGCGCGGCGCGUUCGCGGUGCUCCGGCGCCGGCGCGGGGCGGCGGCCCGGGCGUGCGCGCACGCGGCAUCGGUGGCCAUGGCGUUCCUUUGGCUGGAGUUCUCGCAGUCGUUCCAGGUGCUGGCCAUCCUCGCCUCCACGCUCGCCCACGCCGUCGCCUUCGGGUUCCGCUUCUGGGUGGACAGCGCGGGCGUGCUCCCGGUGGCCCGGAGCGGGGCGUCGGCGCCCGUGGCGCUGGCCUGCCAGCUCGGGCUGCUGGGGUGCAACCUGGUGUGCCACGCGGGGGUCGUGUGGAUGCACUUCGGCGGGGCGGUGGCCGGCGGGUGCAGCGGCAUCGGGGCAUGGGUGUUCAACACGCUGCUCAACGCCGCCCUGCUCUGGGUCUUCCUCCACUGCUACGUCACCGACGCCGCCGCCGCCGUGAAGAAGAAAAAGGAGAAGGUGAUGUGAGAGAGCGGCGGCCACCGUACAAUCAUUGUAGUAUACUGCGUGCAAUCCCAUUGGUGUACAUACAUACAUACAUACAGGUAUAUAGGUAGAGGCAGGCUGAUUAACUGGGUUCUUAAUUAUACUCUGUUCUUGCGUUCAUGGCAAGGGGAAUUGUUCUCCUCCUCCUCCUCUUCUUCUUCUUCU